AUGACAGGGUCUGGUUCCCCAUGUGGUGCCUGCAAAUUCUUGAGAAGAAAAUGUUUGAGGGGUUGUGUGUUUGCCCCUUAUUUCUGCCAUGAACAAGGUGCUACUCAUUUUGCAGCAAUUCACAAGGUUUUCGGUGCGAGCAAUGCGUCGAAACUCCUUUCUCACUUGCCAGUAAGUGAUCGGCGUGAAGCCGCCACCACUAUCGCUUAUGAAGCUCAGGCUAGGCUACAAGAUCCAACUUAUGGUUGUGUGUCUCAUAUUUUUGCCCUCCAACAGCAGGUUGUCAAUCUUCAAGCCCAGCUGGCUUCUCUCAAGGAACAAGCGGCUCAGUGCAUCCCAAAUAGCUCCAAUAUUACUGCAAACCCUAGGGAUGGCCUUUCUUUUCUGCAAGAUGUUCAAAAUUGGUACUCCCAGCCCUUCCAAAAUCAAGGGAUGAUGUCCCAGUUUGAUCCUAACUUGAACAAUACAACUGGAGAUAUGCCCUAUUUUGAAAAUCAAAACACAAAUCUGAACCCUGUUCUAAAGUAUGAAAGUUCAGCUUUUCAUAAGGAUAACAUCUUAUUUGGGAUCAUGGAUUCAUUUGAAAUGCUAUCAAACAACAGGCAAUAG